CGUCCCGGUUACGAACCAGUCCUUGUCCGAAUAGAAAAACUGUCACCGUUUUGGACCCGUCCAGCGGUCUAGGGUUCACAGAGACAUCGCAUAAAUUGUAAACCCCCUGCGCUCCCUUGUCGCACUUCGUGGGAUUCGAAUCCAGAUCCUCCCUCGUAGCAUAUUACCUAAACGGCUGGCGAAGGGUGGUCACGUAACUUUGAAACCAGCGAAGUUGCGGCGGUUAUCGGAACUCCAAAGCUCCCGACCACAUUCGCCGCAGCUCAAUUAAUCCAAAGUCCCAACCACGCCGACACCGCUAAACCCCGAUAUAAAAACCUCUUCGUCGUUUUCGCUGUUUGCUUUUUUUUUUACCCUCUUACUUCUUGAAUCCUUUCAAUGGCCACUGCAACGGAGAUCAGUAGUUUGGCGGCCCGGAACCGGCCGUCGUCAGGCGGGGACUGGGCCGACCUCGCGUCCAGCCGGCGUCUCGGCCGGGCUCUCUAUGGAGCUCCAUGGCCUCGACGGAAGCCGCCGGCCGUCGGCGGAGGUCUUGUGGUGAGAUUUGUGAAGACCACCGAGACGAGCGGGCCGGCGGCGGACCCCGUUAGCCCCGAGAAGCCGAACUCCUCUCGCAUACUUCCAUUGAAUAACUACAGCAUGGAGGAGAUGAGGGUGGUUUCAAAUCCAAGAAGGAAGACAAAGAUAGUGUGUACAAUUGGCCCUUCCACGAAUACACGAGAAAUGAUAUGGAAAUUAGCAGAAGAAGGAAUGAAUGUUGCGCGACUAAACAUGUCCCACGGUGAUCAUGAAUCACACCAGAAGAUUAUUGAUCUGGUCAAGGAGUACAAUGCCCAAUCUGAAGGCCAUGUUAUUGCCAUAAUGCUGGACACCAAGGGCCCUGAGGUGAGAAGCGGAGAUGUGCCUCAGCCUAUUUUGUUCAAGGAAGGCCAGGAGUUCAAUUUUACGAUCAAAAGAGGAGUUAGCUCUGAACACACUGUUAGUGUAAAUUAUGAUGACUUUGUGAAUGAUGUGGAAGUUGGUGACAUUAUUUUGGUUGAUGGAGGGAUGAUGUCACUGGUCGUGAGAUCAAAAACUGUCGACACUGUCAAAUGUGAAGUAGUUGAUGGUGGAGAAUUAAAAUCAAGGCGUCAUUUGAAUGUACGUGGCAAAAGUGCUACUCUGCCUUCCAUAACAGAAAAGGACUGGGAGGAUAUCAAGUUUGGUGUGGACAACAAAGUUGACUAUUAUGCAGUUUCAUUUGUGAAAGAUGCUAAAGUGGUGCAUGAAUUGAAAGAUUAUCUUAAAAGUUGCAAUGCAGAUAUACGUGUGAUUGUUAAAAUAGAAAGUGCUGACUCAAUACUAAAUCUUCACUCCAUAAUUUCUGCUUCAGAUGGGGCAAUGGUUGCUCGUGGAGACCUUGGUGCUGAGCUUCCAAUUGAAGAAGUUCCUUUGCUUCAGGAAGAGAUUAUAGAUAGCUGUAGAAGCAUGGAGAAACCAGUGAUUGUGGCAACAAAUAUGUUAGAGAGCAUGAUAAACCAUCCAACACCAACAAGGGCAGAAGUUUCUGACAUUACACUCGCUGUCCAGGAAGGUGCAGAUGCUAUUAUGCUAUCGGGUGAAACUGCUCAUGGGAAGUAUCCACUAAAAGCUGUUAAAGUGAUGCAUACUGUGGCACUGAGGACUGAAUUAACCCAAUCAACCAGCAAUACUCUUCCUAUUCUUGCUCCUGCUAUUCAGGCUGCAGCCGGUGAGGAGUUUUCUCAAAGCCACAUGAGUGCUAUGUUUGCAUCUCACACGGCCACAAUGGCAAACACCCUAGGCACGCCUAUCAUUGUUUUCACACAAACUGGUUCGAUGGCUAAACUUCUUAGCCACUAUAGACCUUCUUCUACCAUCUUUGCAUUUACAAAUGAAGAAAGGAUCAAGCAGAGGUUGGCACUUUAUCAUGGCGUGUUGCCUAUACACAUGAAGUUCUCUAAUGAUGCAGAAGAAACAUUCUCGAGGACGACAAAGUAUUUGCUGGAUGGGCAAUAUCUGAAGAAGGGAGAAUAUGUCACUCUUGUUCGAAGUGGAAUGCACUCAAUCUGGAGACAGGAAUCUACACAUCACAUUCAAGUCCGUAAGGUCCUAGGCUGAUAUGCAUUUGAACUAUUUCCAUUAGCAAGCGGAUCAGACAAAUCUCGGCCCCAAGAGAAGAAGGUUUUGGUGGAAAUAGGCAAUUCUUUUAGUUAUAUUUUACUUGUGGCUGAUCAUAAGUUAAAUGAAUAUUUGAUUGCAGAAUGUAUUGAUACCUUAAAAAAAAGAAAAAGACAGAAUAUCUGCAAUGAUGCUGUGAACGAGCACCGAUCUCAAGCAAAUAUAUAAAAGAACCUUGAUACGUAUUUAUGAUAAAAAU